AUGGAACAUUACAAAGCAGAAGCGUCUGACUCCACGAGGACAAAUCCAAAUAACAAUAACAAUUCUCAUAGUCAUCAUCAUAAUCAUCGACAUAAAAAAGAAACAGUGAAGCAACAGCCGUUACGAUCAAUGCCAUCAUCCAAAAAGAGACACAUCAAAUCAAUAUCUAUGAUUAAUCCUACUGCUUAUCAAGAAAGUAAUACUGUCGUUAGUAAUCCACGACAUCAGCAAAAAUCAUUCAUGAAAGAUUCAAUAUCAUGGAAAAAACGAUGGUCCUUAUGGUUUUCAUCAUGCAGUUCAGAAAGAACAGCUUAUGUUAAGUGUAAUCCAAUAACAAUAUCGAUUGAGAAAACUGAUCGAACUAAAUCUGAAAAUGACUUAUCCAAACGUGGCAGCAUUGAUCAAGAUGAAAAGAAACAUUUAUCAACAACUACUUCAACACUUGUCAUUAGCCCAAUUUCAAACGAAAAUCAAGAAAAAUUUUCAUCGAAAAUUUCUACUCAUCAGCAUCGACAUCAUCAUCAGUCAAUCGAUAAAGUUAAUAAUUCAAAUAGUGUUAUUUAUUGUGACACAUCGAAUCGUCAUUCAAAUACAUUUUUUCCUUCAACACGCUACGAACAAGGAGGACAGCAUCGAAGUGAAACAUUGAUAGCCGUUAUACCAUCAGCAACUGAUACUUCUCAACAGGCUCAUCAUAAACAACAAGCACGACAAUUGAGUCGUUCCGCUGAUCGUCUCAAUAGUAAAUCAAGUCGUCGAGAAUUACGUUAUGAAGAACAUAACGAUUAUAUUUCUUCACCGCCAUCAUCAUCACAACUACAACCGCCACCACUACUUAAUUCAAUUCAGUGUCAUCCAACGAUCGAUCAUUAUGCACGAAGUUUAAAUCAAUCAUCAUAUUUCUAUUCAACACACCGUCGUAGUCAAAUAGAAGUAUAUCAACUACCAACAGAAAAGAAUCGCGUUGUAUUACCGAGACCGUAUUCGUCAAAUUUCCCAUUCACACAUAAUACAAUAUUAACAAAUAUACCAAUUACUUAUAGUCAUACAGUAGAUAAUAUACCGAUAAUGUCUCAAACAUCACCCGAUAAUACUGCAACAUAUGAAAAAUUAUUUGAAUGUCAUUCACCAUUAGUACCAGUAGAAAACUCAUCUGUGAAACCACCACGUCGUAUUGAAUCACCGUAUAGUCAAUUUCCAACAACACAACAAGAGCCUGUUUAUGCAAAUACACAAUCGCUUUAUGAUAAUAUUAUUUAUCCAGAAGGAUCUUCAUCAUCGAAAAUAUCAAAUCGAAAUGAGAAAAAAUGUCAAGAAAAGAAAUCUUGUGCCUCACAAACACAAUUAACAUGGACAAUGGCAACAUUUUCAUCGUUCGUUGAUUUGGAAAAUCAAUCAAUUGUUAUUCAACAACCAGACCCAGCAACACUUUAUUCUAUUGUACAACAUCAUCAUACAGAACCACCACCAUCAGCGUCAGCUGCAACAAUUGAUCAUAUGAAAGUAUCAUCAUCAAGUUUACAAUACAUAGACGAUACUUCUUCUCCAUCACAUUUUCGACCUGAACGUACUCCAACUCCAUCUAAAAGUUUGAUGAUUGAAAAACGUGAUGGUUCCUUUCAAACACUUCUUACGAUUGCGCCCAUGCAAGGUGCUGAUUCAAGUAAACAAAUCGUGCUUCAUGAUACAACUCCAUCACCACUAUCAACUCAUUCGUCGUCAACCAAUGAUCAGCAUCAUCAUCAUCAUCAUCAUCACCAUCAUAAUCGUCAUCGACGAAAUAAAUCUCAGAGUAAUACAAGUCGAAAUAAUAUUAAUACGCGUGAUGUUGGCCUUCAAGUAAAUAUUCAAACGGUAAAAAAAAUAACAUUUCUAUCACAAAAAAGUGAUGAUUCAUCACUGACAACAUCGGCACCAUCACCACCAACAGUUAUACCAGUACGCGAAUUAAAACAUGUCCAAACAAAUACUGAACCGUCAACAGAAAAACAUGAUAAAAGUACGUCAUAUGAAAAAAGUACUCGUAUGGUAUCAUCAGCGUCACAAACACUUGAUUCUUCUACAAUAGUGGCACAAAGUCAAGGGCAAGCUGCUCAAACAUUGACAAAAUCUUUACGUGAUCAAUCUAUUGAAACGAAUAAUCGUGGCUUAUUUGUUUGUGAUCUUAGUUCAUUCUUAAAAAAUGGUAUUGACGAAAUAUCUUCAACAAAACAAAAAUCCUAA